UGAAGUGGUAGAGACGACCGCGAGCGUAUCGAAUGAACCGAACACCAUCAGACACGCGUACGUUAUGCCACACGGCGACAGGAUGCAACGACUGUUCAGCUGUGAAUGCGGGUAAACACGCACACACGCACACACACACUCACUCACUUAUGAAAGAACCAAAUACGAACGAAGUAGCGAAAUAAAUACACAAAGAAGUCGUACGGACGAAGUGCAUGGAACCUUAGGGCACGUGAGAGCAAGUGAGCUGGAUGGCGAGUGUGUGAGUGAGAUGGCAGAGCUUUCGAAAUGCAGUCUAAGCAACAACUGAAUGGCGGGCAGGCGAAACAUACUAACAAUGAGCUGAUAUGCUAUGCCGGUAACAAACGGCGAGCGACAAACAACGAGCGACGAGUAACGAGUGUCAUGGGCCGCGAAGCAAGCGGUGAUGGACAGUGCAGACGGCAAAAGUUCUUGUUGUUGUUUGAGGCUGUAUGGCAACAGCUGAGGCUGCUGGCGGGAGGUUGCGCGCAUGGAAGGGAAAUGGAACAGGCAGAAAAUAUGAGAAUGCAAAUAGAAAUGAAAACACAGCAAAAUAAAGCAGCUGACUGCGGCAUCGUAGAGAUGGGAAAAUGGCGAGUGACGAGUAGAUGGGGUGAGAGUAGGUGGGGGCUGUGGUAGGCUCGUCAGGGCGCGCAUGUCCUUGCUGCACGUGACUUUUCCGACGACGCUGUAGCGAAAUGGCAUACUAAAGAGCGGAGGGAAAACAUAGCAAAAUAAAGAAGAUGUAGAGAAUGCGGUGGAAUUAGGGCAAGGGAAAUACGUGCGAGUGUGUGACUGCAAAAGAAAAUGCAUGUAAACAAAUAAAUUAAGCGAAAGCAAAAUAAAAUGGCAUGUGAAUUGGGAAUAACAAAAACAAAGACAAACUUAAGCUUAGCUUACACCACAAGCGCAGCGCGAUAGGGUGAGGAGCUAAGAAAUAUUUCAAGCGAGGUGAUGUGGACGCUUAAGAAUAUUGUUUACCGCCUCAAUGUGGCAAUGUAGGCAAUGUGGAAAAUAGCAGCUAAAGGAGGAUAAGUGGAUACAGAUAGGAAUACAAAGGACCAAAAAAAGUGCAGCGACAGGCCACCACUAAGUGUCUCAGCGCCAAUGUGUGUACGUUACGCUACCGGCCAACGCGUGUG